AUGGAGAAAUUCAAGAAACUCCACCCUCCAUCUUUCUCUAAGGUUGAAUCAGAUUCACUACAGCCUGAGAGGUGGAUUAGCGCCCUAGAGAAAGCUUUUGAAGUGCUAGAAUGUACCAACGCCCAGAAACUGAUAUGCGCUGGGUACCAGUUGCAAAAUGAAGCCAUGGCAUGGUCGAAAUCAGCUCGGCCAAAUCUUGAGGCAACUCAUCCUGACCCAACAUGGGACCAGUUCAAAGAAGUGUUCUUUAAGAAUUACUUCCCUGAGAGCCUCAGAGAUAGAAAGGAAGCAGAGUUCUCUAUCCUUACUCAAGGAUCAAAGACAGUACUGGAAUACCAACAACGGUUUGAAGAUCUGCUCCAUUUUGCACCAGAUCACUUGAGGAAUGAGGCAAGCAAGACCAAGAAGUUUGAGAAAGGACUCAAACCUAAAAUAGGGGCUAUGUUGUCAAUUAUGGAGAUUGAAACCUAUGCUCGAAUGGUUGAUAAGGCUAAGACUGUUGAAGACAGACUAAAGGAUAAGUCAACUGCAUCGCAAGGUUCAACUAAGAGGCCUUGCAAUUUCCAGAAUUACAAAUGGCCUAACAAGACUUUCAAGAAUCCUGGCAGCCCCAGUCCACUGCAAUACUGA